UUUAGGCCCAUAAAACUUACUAUUAAACCCAAAUCUGCAACAUUGCUGACUAUAUCAACUGCGAUUUCUCUUUGGUCAAAAGGUCAACAAGAAACGCUGUAGACAAAAGCAAAAUUGAAAAUUCAUUUCUGAUAUUAGCUAUCCCUCAUUUCCUUUUUCCUUCAAAAUCAAGCAACACCAUUUCGGUGAAGAACGAAAAAGGGGGAAAAACAAUGGGCGAUCACAUCGCAAAGGGCCAAGACUUCGAGAAGAAAGCCGAGAAGAAGCUUAACGGCUGGGGCCUUUUCAGCUCCAAGUAUGAAGACGCCGCCGAUUUAUUCGAUAAAGCCGCUAAUUCCUAUAAGCUCGCCAAAUCAUGGGAUCAGGCUGGAGCAGUGUUUGUUAAGCUGGCUAACUGCCACUUGAAGUUGGAUAGCAAGCAUGAAGCUGCUAAUGCAUAUGCUGAUGCUGCCCAUUGCUACAAAAAGUCCAAUAUAAAAGAGUCGAUAUCAUGUCUCGAGCAAUCUAUAAAUUUGUUUCUUGAUAUCGGGAGGCUUAAUAUGUCUGCCAGAUACUACAAGGAAAUAGCUGAACUGCAUGAGCAGGAACAGAACUUAGAUCAGGCUAUUGUUUAUUAUGAAAGAGCUGCCGAUCUCUUCCAAAGUGAAGAUGUAACAACAUCAGCAAAUCAAUGCAAACAGAAAAUUUCUCAAUUUGCUGCUCAACUGGAACAAUACCAAAAGGCUAUUGAUAUUUAUGAAGACAUAGCACGACAGAGUCUCAACAAUAACUUGCUGAAAUAUGGAGUCAAAGGGCACCUUCUUAAUGCUGGUAUUUGCCAGCUUUGCAAGGGUGAUGUUGUUGCGAUAAACAAGGCAUUGGAGAGAUACCAGGAAUUGGAUCCUACAUUCUCUGGAACCCGAGAGUACAAAUUGCUUGCGGAUUUAGCGGCUGCUAUUGAUGAGGAAGAUGUUGCUAAAUUCACUGAUGCUGUCAAGGAGUUUGAUAGCAUGACUCAGCUGGAUGCUUGGAAGACAACACUUCUACUAAGAGUGAAGGAGGCCUUGAAGGCGAAAGAGAUGGAGGAAGAUGAUCUCACUUGAGUUUUAUUUUCCGUACCGUGCGGAUUUUUCUAAGUCCACGAGAUUGUUUUGAUUGUUGCCCUGUGGAUUUGCUGUUUGGAGAUUCUGUGUGUACUAUAACAACGAUAUCUUGUUUGGUGUGAAAGUGUUUACGAGAUCCAUGACCAUAUAUGAUUGUUGUAACUAAUAUACCAUUUCAUGUUUUCGAUGUUGAUCGAUUUUCAUCCUA